CUUUGCCAGUACACACUGUGGCUAGUAUAUGGAGAGCACAAACUUGAACAUGUUUCCGAGACCUAGGGGUUUAGCAUUAUUCAAAAUACUUAUUGCUUCAUUAACACUUAUAAUACUUCUCACACAAAUUGGGAAAAAGACAACACACAAAUCGACAAAAGCAAAACCCAUAAACAUACAAGGAAUAUUAAGAACAAAGAAUGGUAACAUUGUUGAUGAACAAGGAAAGAAUGUCUCAAUAUGUUGGAACGUGACAAGAAAUGGGAAAUUCAUUCAGCAAAAUGAUACACAGUUCGCUCCAAGAUUAGUUUCUCGGAUAUCUAACGCAACUAAACCAUGGCUGUAUUUGUAUUCCGGAUAUUAUGAUGACCGUGAGACUGUUAAGAAUGGAUCAGUUGUAAGAGUUACAGGGAUGAUUCAGAGAAACCGUAUCAAAGAUAUUAAAGAUAAAUACUAUUGUUAUUUAUGGUACCCGAGUUCUAGUUAUCCCGUUACUGUAAAAGCGAAAGGCAGGAUUCUUUGGACCUAUGAUGCCCCAUUUAUGAGCGCCAUCUUUACCUGUCCAGUGCCAUCUAGUCAUAAAAACCUUCCAACUGAUGUCACGAUAUCUGACGAAAAAUGUCAAAAUAUUACGAAUAUGAUUUCUAUUAGGCCCGAAUUGAUUUCGAAAAAGACGGGAAAUGUAGGAAUUUGCUGUAAAGUAAUUUAUGGAUCACCUGAUCCUGUAAGAAUCGUGGAAUGGGUUGAAUUGAAUCUGUUGAUAGGAGCUGAGCAUAUCUACAUGUACAACUCAUCACUGAAAGGAAAAGUAAACACUGUAUUGGAUUAUUAUCAAGAACUUGGAGUGAUGACAGUCUACAAACAUGAUUUCCCAAAUAAAAUGAACAAAGAAGCAUUGAGGAAACCAUUCCCAUUUCAGGGAUUUCUAGCCAAUUAUAAUGGCUACAACCAGAACUGGGAACUGGAAGUGAUGUCACUGACUGACUGUCCCUAUGUUGCUAAGGAACGAUUCUUGGUCACAGUGGACAUUGAUGAAAUUCUCUGGCCAAACAAACAUGGAAAUUACAAAGAUCUGACAGAGCACCUUCACAAUCAAACAAAACCAAGAGGGGCAGCGUCAUAUACAUUUUGGACGGGGAACUUUGUGGAUGAAUUCAAAGCAGACACUAAACCUUUCUACCCUAAAUACCUUCACAUGCUGAGAUAUAACAAGCGAACAAAGAUUGAUUGGGAAAGUCCAAAAAGUAUCAUUGAUUCUAAAUACGCAGUUGGGACAGGACAUCAUGUUGCAUUGAUGAAAACACAAGAUGCCAUUCAAAAGUUUGAAAUAUCUGACGGAAAGGUUGGUUAUAACCGACACUAUAGGGAACAUUGUAGGUUAGUCGGGGCUCCCAAUAAAUGCAAGAAUCUCAUGGCUAAUCCCCAAAAUGACACCACUCUUGACAAAUUCAAAGAUAAACUUGUUGAACGAGUCUUCCCAGUUUUGAAACAAUUCCACUUGUUGUAAAUCAGAAUUGAAAAUGGAAAUACAUCAAAGUCUUGUUCCAGGCUCUUUUGCAGACAAUGUCAAAGUGUAUUUCUAAUAAUCAAUAAAAGUGUACUAAUAGAAUUGCCAAGGUUAAUCAAUUAACAUUAGGGGCAAUUUCAAGCUCAUAACACCCCUUACAUACCUUAUUCCUAAAGGAGAUGAUGAAGAUAUAGAUGGGGAGGGGUGAACAAAGCAUAGAAGUAAAACUACUAUAUAUAUAUAUAUAUAUAUUCAUCAAUUUGAAAUAUUACAAACGUUUAUGUAAUUAUAUAGAGACAAUAAAUCAAUUUGAUGUCACUAUUAUCAAGGUUUUUGUUAAUUUCUCCUGCUGCCCUAUGUGGGGAGGAACAAGAUUUGGGCAUAAAAUCUUUGGGGGGGAGGGUCACUCUGCCUUCAUCUUCUAUCAGACCUUUCAUUUAAAUGUGGCAGCAGGUGAAUUUGCACCAUUUAAGAGAUGGUCUUGUAAAUCAGAAAUCUACCUACCCUAUAUCUAUCAGAGGUGGUUUAUCCCGUCCUCUCCUGUAACACAGAUAUACUUCUGGGCUCCGUAUACUCCCAUGGUUUAAAUCUGCAGGAAACCCAAGGGGUGUAAGCUCAACACAUUUGAACCCUUUAGGAGGCUUUUCCCCAGCAUUUCGUAUAAUCACUGCAACAUCAACUAUGGGGUCUUGUUUGUGGGUGGACUUGAUAGCAGUGUCGUUGUUGUAUUCUUCAAGUGGGACGGGAUUAUCUGGGAGACCCGCCACCACAAAAUACUCUGCCACCCUUUUGUCAUCCAUCUUUAAAUUAUCUGAAAAUGCAAAUGACAAUUUUUAUAUUCAUGUUCUCAUAAACAAUAUUUGUCUUAUAUUAAAUCCAGAGAUCCAGUAUACUAGGUUAAAACAUGUCUGCAUUAAGAGGAAAUAGUUGCAAUUAGUAAUGAGGUUAAUGUUGAUAUAAAUGUUAAUAUCAUGUACUGUAAAUUAAAUCUAGUAAACUUUAAUAUCUAUUAUCUAUUACAAACUCAAUCAUAACCAUAUCAUUAAUGCAUUUAUAAAUCUCUACUGUGUACAAAAUGUCAACUUAGUAUCUGUACAUUCAGAAAAUUUAGAAUCAAUUUUCUUACUGUAUGACAAGAUAAUUAGAUUUAGUUUACAUCAAUGUUAUUUUAAUCUUAUUAAACUUUCAAAUACCAAUUAUUGUAUCUAUAAAUAAUACUACAUGUACGAAAUAAAUGGAUAUAAAAAUAUUUCAUGUUGAUACUGAUUUACUGGUAGUUAUGCACUGACAUAUAGUAUUUUUAGAAACAUACAAUAGAAUCUGUCUAAUCCAAAAGACAACUUUGACUGGCCAAAAAUGUUCAGAUUAGCAGGUGUUCACAUUUCAAGAUUUCAAAACCAUUUAAGUCAAUUAGAGAUAACAUAUUUGGCCCAAAAAAGUGUUCACAUUGAGAAGUGUUCAAAUUAAAGAGGUGUUCGGGAAUAAGAUUUCACAAAAUGCAGCCUGGUCUGCUUUAAAUUAAUACUUAGACAAGCUUCUGUUAUUCCUUCCUACAUCUUC